CCCAUUUUGCGCAUGCUCAGUCGGAUCAGCUGUUGGUCCGUUGCAGUGAGACUCUGGGGCGCUUUUUGUUUAUUUGUUUAUUUGUUUGUUGUUUUACCCGGUAAACACGAUGGCCGGCACAGCGCUCAAGAGACUCAUGGCCGAGUACAAACAGCUGACUCUAAACCCACCUGAGGGCAUCGUGGCAGGUCCAGUAAACGAGGAGAACUUUUUUGAGUGGGAGGCUCUCAUCAUGGGUCCUCAGGACACUUGUUUUGAAGGCGGGGUGUUUCCAGCAAUCCUCAGCUUCCCCUCCGAUUAUCCUCUCAGUCCUCCAAAGAUGAGGUUCACCUGCGACAUGUUUCACCCUAACAUCUAUCCAGACGGUCGGGUCUGCAUCUCCAUCCUCCACGCUCCGGGCGAUGAUCCGAUGGGAUAUGAGAGCAGCGCAGAGAGGUGGAGUCCAGUCCAGAGUGUGGAGAAGAUCCUGCUGUCUGUGGUCAGCAUGCUGGCAGAGCCCAACGAUGAGAGUGGCGCAAACGUCGACGCCUCCAAAAUGUGGCGGGAGGACCGAGAGCAGUUCAACAAACUCGCCCAGAAGAUCGUACGCAAGUCUCUGGGCCUGUAGAGAUGAUGUCAUCAACCAUCGGCGUGCGUGCGUGUGUGUGUGUGUGUGUGUGUGUGCGCGUGUGUGUGCAGCAGAAACAAUUUGUAUAGACACAGAGAGGCUGAGAUGGACAGACCAAUAAAUAAACUGAUGGACGGAAGCCAAUCAGAGGUUGCAAACCAAACGCUAUGUCAUCACCAACACGAUGACAUCAUCACCACCUUCACUCUGACUGCAGCAGCAGAAACGACAUCACCACCGUACCUCCUCUGUCUCUACAGGAGAAUAUUUCUCAAUAAAUUGAUAAAAAUCUAAA